AUGUUUACCGGAAUUGUUGAAGAAGUGGGAGUUGUGUCCAACCUCAACACCAAUGACUCAACAGGAGGCACCUCUCUGACCAUUUCCAUUCCUCCUGGCUCAACGCUCCUCUCAGACUGCCAUGACGGUGACUCCAUUUCUGUCAACGGCGUCUGCCUUACAGUCACAUCCUUCACCCCCGAGGCUUUCACGAUUGGCGUUGCCCCCGAAACUCUACGCAUCACCAACUUGGGCGAUCUCAAGGAGGGCAGUAACGUCAACCUUGAGCGUGCUGUUAGGGCUGAUACCCGCAUGGGCGGCCACUUUGUUCAGGGUCACGUUGACACCACUGCGGAAAUCCUCUCUGUUGAGAAGGAUGGCAAUGCCUUGACCUUCCGGUUUCAACCAGCCCGCAAGGAUAUGCUACGGUACAUUGUGUACAAGGGGUUUAUCGCAAUCGAUGGCACAAGCUUGACUGUCACCAAGGUCAACGAUGAUGAAGCAUGGUGGGAGGUUAUGCUGAUUGCGUACACCCAGGAGAGGGUUGUCGUGGCACAGAAGAAGAAGGGCGACACUGUCAAUGUUGAGGUUGAUAUGAUGGCCAAGUAUGCAGAGAAGUCUCUGGGCGGUGUUGUUGGCUCGGAACCGGGAGCUGCUGCCUCGUUUCCCUUUAUUGAGAAGAUCGUCGAGAGAAUCGUGGCCCAGGGAUUCGGCGGAAAGCCAUGA